AUGAAAAUAUACACAUCACGGCCCAUUGAUAUACCUCGAGAUUUGAACCUCACCGAGCUGCUCCACACUAGUGUGGCCCCAUUGCCAGAGUCCCAAGUCAUCGCGGCGGAUAGUCUUACGAACCGGAAAAUUAGCCUCGGCGAGCUCAGGGAUCGCGCAGGGAGAAUUGCAAAGGGGCUGAAGGACGUACUGGCCCCCCCGGAUCAGGCUCGUUGGGUUAUCGCGCUGCCAAACAGCGUGGAGUUUCUUGAAUUGUUCCACGCGAUAUUAUGGACAGGAGGAGUCGUGUGCCCCAUAAACCAUGCACUCAAAGUCUCGGAGAUUGGCCAUGGGCUCGCUGUCUCGAGACCGCACUUUGUGGUGGCGUACGGCCCGACGAUGGCCGCUGUGCAAGAGGCCGUGGACGUGGCUACGGAGGACCUCGGCGCACAGGAUAUAAUCUGGAAGCGACCACUGAUGAUGUCGAUCGUGGAGCCAUGUCGAGGUGCGAAGCAUAUCCCUGAUGACUUUAUGGCUUCGACUAGGCUGCCCAUUCCUCACUGGCCCGAUACUUCUGUGCGCCUCGCAUCAAUUCAUCUCUCUUCCGGAACAACAGGAAAAUCAAAGGGGGCUGAGCUCACGCAUUUCAACUUCGUUUCCAACGUCAUGCAGCUCGUUGCCCUGGAUGGCGGUCGCCGAAUGUUCAACCCGUCAUCGCGAACGGUCGCCUUCACGCCGUGGGCUCACAUCGCCAUGACGACGGCGCCCGUCUUCCUCGGACCGUACACGGGGAUGUUUCAUCAUGCCAUGCCGCAGUACAACAUCGAAGAACUUGGACGACUCGUCGAGUCCACGCGAGCUACUGUGUUCCAAGGCGUUCCCAGCGUGAUGCUGGCCCUCGCCGACUCCGAUAUCACGGAGCGCUACGAUUUCUCCAAGGCGCAAACUAUCAUCGCCGGCGGGACGCCACUGAAGCCAGAACAGCUCUCAAGGUUGCUGGGCCGGGCUCCGUGGAGACUUCUGCAGGCAUACGGCAUGACGGAGGCCUCGGGUUACGUGGCUUAUCAAGAGCAUAACGAGGAUGUACCGGAUGGCUGUACCGGUAAGCUGUUGCCCGGCAUCGAAGCCGCUCUGAAGAGAGAGGGAACGACGGAUGAUGCACCACCCGGCGGUCCAGGAGAGCUGUGGCUGCGCGGGCCCAACAUCACACCCGGAUACGCCUUCGACCCAGGCGCGAAGCGAGCUGCGUUCCCCGUGGAAGGCUGGUAUAAUACUGGAGAUGUUUGUCGUAUAGACGAACAUGGUCGCGUGUGGGUUAUUGGCCGGACAAAGGAGUUAAUCAAGUAUCAAGGCUUCCAGGUCAGUCCCAUGGAGUUGGAGAAGAUGGUCAAUUCACACCCCCACGUCCAUGAGGCGGGUGUUGGGCCACUAUGGGAUGAGAGCCAACUGACGGAGGUGCCUGCCGCAUGGGUUGUGUUGAAGGAUGAUGGGAGGACGGCCAAGGGAGAAGUCAUUGCCAAGCUGAGAGACAUCCAACGAGCUGUGAAUGAGCAGGUCAGCGGUUACAAGAAGCUCAGAGGUGGUGUCUGGGCCGUCGACAAGAUCCCAAGGAACGCAACUGGUAAGAUUCUCAGGCGAGAGUUGGUCAGGAAGAUUGAUGGCUUGUGUUCGCGGGAGCAGUCCGGAAGAGUAUCCGCGAAGCUCUGA